CGCAACGUCUCCCGCACAAUUUUCCGCGCAAAUCUUGUUCACAACUGUGUACAGCCGCCACCCGCGACCGCUUGUGACCGCUUCCCACGACAACAGUUCUCUCGUCAUGGACUCUGCCUUUAUGCACGACGAGAAGACCGUCUUCGACUUCAACGAUCUCGUGCUUGGAUCUAUGGGGGACGCGGCGGGCCUUGAAAACGUAUUGAGUGAAGAGAGCUUGGACGAUGGGUCGUCGUCGUCGACGACUUCAGGAGGUCUUGGCAAAAAGCGGAAGUACGUCAACCGCCAAAAGCUCGAGCUCGAGUACCUCCGAGACACAGUAGACGCGCUACAAAAGCAAAUGGACUUUCUUGGGAACAUGCAGGCAAACCAACUGCAAUCGGGAUCCGAGUGGAAGGACCUUGCCGCCGAGCAGCAGAUGCAAACCCAACUUGCGUUCAUGGAGAACGCGCGGCUCCGCGCAGCUUUGCAAGAAGAACUCGCGUUUGCCGAAACGCUGGCGGGCAUCGUGCGCAAGAAACCCCGAGUGCUCGACCUCCCGUCUACGGCCAGCAACGCGUUGCGCGAUUUUAAACUCGUGGCAGACGUUGAGGCCCGGCACACUGCAAUUCACGCAAUUGCUGAUCGUGAGUACAACAAAGUUCUGCACAGUAUCCUGCAAAGCGAGUCUGCGGACAGAUCGUCUCCAGCAGCUCAGACAGUCAAGUCCACGACUGUAAAGUACCUCGACGAUGGGGUCGUGCCUGGCAUCGUCAUCGAGAGUUUCAACCGUCUCAUGUUUCCGCACGUUCCUCACCACAUCUUGGGCUAUGCCCUGUGGAGUUUUCUCAAUGGAGAUAUUGGCGACGUCACCCAUGCUGCAUCCGGUUCUUCUUUCGAGCGUCUCGCCUCUGUCGGCGACGACGUCGUGUACAUGAAGAGCCGAUGGCGAAUUGGCAACCACCACAGCGACAGUGCCGACAAGGACCUUUACGCGGAAUCGAGGCUUCUCAUCAAGCGAUUCAUGGAGGACACACGGCACAUUGUCGUGUGGCGGAAUAUCAUUGAAGACGCCUUGGUCCCGCUUGAUGCUACAGCCCUCACGUUUCACGGUAGCGGCUGGGCCAUGGUUGAGCAGCAUACGGAUGGCACUAUCGUCACGUUCUUCACCGAGAUCUCGACGCCGUUGACACAUGCCACUGUGUCGCCGACUCAUGUCAACGCGUCGGGUGUCCUUGGGGCCAGCACGCCGACUGACGCAUUGACGACAGCGGAGGACGCGCUCGUGGACGAAGACACGUCGUUUCAAGUGGGUCGGUUUACCGACUCGAUCUUGUCGGCGUAUCGAAACGCGUACCGCCGGUUUGAGCACGCGUCCAUGCAAGCGUGGAGACAAAUGCAAAAGGCCGAUCCGUCCGCUAGCCUCGCGUCGGCGUUCCUUGCCGGAGGGGGUCGUGGUGGCGACCUACGAGAGAAGGCUGCAGUAAAACCAGAACACUAAACCUCUAUUUAGCACACGUUCUUGCGACGUUCGGUCCCGUCACACCGCUGCCAAGUGAAUUCGAAUCGUCGGAAGUGUACGUGAGCGCUGCUCCAAGGACGCUGUCACCAAGGCGGGUGCCGUGUCCAUCCCUGCCCCACCGACCCCAUCAAGCACAUAGGCGCUCGGGGGGCUUUGCAGAUUGCCACCUUUGAUCAUGUUAACGAAUGAAUGGUCCUAAUGGCGC